AUGGCGUUGAUAGGUACUCUACUCCUCGUAGCCAUCGGAUUCCUGGCCUAUUCCCGUUUCACUCGUCCCCCCUUCCCCCCAGGUCCGAAUUCCCUUCCCAUCAUCGGUAAUAUCCUCGAUAUCACUCCAAAAGAACUCUGGCUCACCGCAUUCAAAUGGGCACGCAUAUACGGACCCAUAACCCACAUCCGCAUAUUCAACCAAUCCCUCAUAUUCCUCAACACCCCAAAAGUAGUCUUCGACCUCUUGGAUAGACGCGGGUCUAUCUAUAGCGAUAAACCGCACCUCAUCAUGGUUGGUGAGCUUUGUGGCUGCGAGAAUAUGGCAGCGUUCACUCCCUAUGGCGACCGUGCGAGGAGACAGAGGAAGCUUAUGCAGAAAGCGUUUGGACCUGCUGUUAUUCCCAGGUAUCAUGGCUUGAUGCAGAUGGAGAGCAGACCGUUUUUGUCUAGAUUGGUUACAAGUCCCCUUCAGUUUCAAGAACAUAUCAGAAGAUACGCAGGCGGACUCACCCUCCUCGUCGUAUAUGGACACCAAGUAAAAUCAAACGAUGACCCCUUUCUAAACCUCGCAGAAGAAUGUGUAGACAUUCUCGCGAACCGUAUCGCAAGCGGAGGUGGGAUAUGGCCCGUUGAUAUAUUUCCAGCCCUCAAACACCUUCCCUUGUGGUUCCCCGGUACAUCCUUCAAGCGCAACGCCCAAAUCUGGAAAGCAAAAAUGGAAGAAUUCGUAGACCGCCCAUACGAAUUUGUGAAAAGCGAAAUCGUACGUUCUUCCUCCCUUCCUGUUUUCAAAAAUGAACACCCCCAUAGAAGAAAGGAACUGCCCGUCCAUCUUUCAGACAUCAUUACAGACGACCACGAUCAUGAUAUCCGAUGGACAGCCAAUUCCAUGUAUUCAGCCAGCAUCGACACAACCAUCACAACUCUCUCCCAUUUCAUCCUCGCUAUGGUUCAGCACCCCCAUGUACUCCAACGCGCCCAAGAAGAGCUCGAUGAUGUCCUUCGAUCAAGGGAAGAUGAGUUGGGAUCGAGCCAAUCAGUAGCAAACAGGUUACCCACAUUCGAAGAUCGCGCAAAGCUUCCGUACUGCGAUGCAGUUUUCACGGAAACACUUAGAUGGGGUGUGCCUGUUCCGCUUAGCCUCCCACACAGACUCACACAACCCGAUACCUACGAAAGCAUGCACAUCCCACAAGGAUCCCUUGUAUUCGGGAAUAUAUGGGCUAUCAUGCGUGAUCCUGAGUUGUAUCAAGAUCCAGAGGUAUUUGAGCCUGAGAGGUGGCUGGCGGAUGCGAUCGAAGAGGAGGCUGGGAAGGAAAGAGAUCCAAGAGCGUUUGUGUUUGGAUUUGGGAGGCGCCGCUGCCCAGGAACACACCUCGUCGAAUCUUCGAUAUGGCUCUUAAUAACCAGCAUGCUCGCCACGCUUGAUAUACGCAAAGCGAGAGAUGAGAAAGGCGUGGACAUCGAGCCUGUUGUCAAGUUCGAGAAUGCCGUUUUUAGAACUCCAAGCCCGUUCGUGUGCGACAUACGUCCUAGGAGCGAAGAAGCACUGAGGUUGAUUAUGGAGGAGGAGUAA